CAGGUGGCUUGCGUUCUCACGGAGUGUGGGGAAGUGUGUGCGCCCAGCAGCUGCAUCGAACGCCCAAAGCAUCCAUUGGCACUGCGCGCCUCGGAACUGAUCCCACCGAAGUUGCUGAAGAUAAGUUGUGGCCGCAGUUUCGCAUCGAGCUUGGGCUCGGGCUCCUCGGGCUCGGGCUCGAGCAGCUCGGGCUCGUCGUUGGAGAUGCUGUCCUUGGCGCAUUGGGUCAAGGUGCUGAGCUACAGAGGAGGUGAUUGGCCUAAAGGAUUGAUUGCAGAGGUCACUUCCUGGGAGAAUCCCUGUGAUUUUUUUCUACCUUUCUGCCGUUGGCUUGAAAUGGAGCUAAAGGAAGCAGAGCAGCCAAGUGAAGUCCUGAACCAGAUUUGGGACUUGGACCUGCUGCCAGCUUUCCGCUCCGAGCUGCAGCCCUUGCGGCCCUUGCGGCCCUUGCGUUUGUCCUCCGGCCACAUUUUUGCACGGCCCUGUGUGAAGAUUCGAACCGAGUGGCAAGGAGCACUCUGCGAUGCAGAGGUCCUGCGGAUUGUGGAGCCUCGUUGUCGCUGUGCCCUGCAGAGUGCGACGCCAUUUCUGUUGGAGUCGUUGACGUGGCCAUCGCCGACCCGGGCAGAACUGGCAGCGGCGUGCAUCCGUUCGCACCAAAUGGAUUUUGACCCAUUCGCUGUGGCCGAACCGAUGUCCAUGAAGGCAGUCUUGGCCAGCUUGGCGUGCUUGAAAGAGGCCUUUUUGGCAGACGAGGUCCUCGAACCUGAAGUGACCUGGAAGGAGCUUGGCAAAAGGCUGUGGAUUCCAUCAACCAAGCGCGUUUUGCAACGGCCUUCGCAGCUUUCCAACUACUCCUUCCUGGGCGUGGUAGUGGGCUCUGCUGAAGGUACUGUGUCGCUGGAGAUCCAGAGCACGGGUGGUGACCGAAGUGACCGAAGUGACCGACAGAGAGACAUUUUAGAUCUGGGAUGGGAAGCGUUCCUUGAUGCCAUCGGAGUCACGCCGCUGAGCCUCUCUGACGUGUCUGACGACCUUUCUCUUUCUGUGGCUCUAGG